GACCAGAGUCACAGAACAGAUCCCUGCGCCUCAGCUUCUGGAUUCUGAACUCGUCCCGACUCAGCGAUUCAACUCACUGAGUCGACUAUUUCAAUGGCGUUGUCGACCACGCAGUUGCAGAGAUUCCACGCAGCCGGGGCUAAUUUCAGCUGCAGUGCUAAAACCACUACCAGGAGCCACUUUCUCACCACAGCCAGAGCCAAAAUUCAGUGUCGAUGCUCCGCGAUUGCAAUCGACGCACCGUCUUCUCUCACCGAUGUUGCAGGGAUCCGGUGGGGGUCCACGAGCUUGCAAGGCGCACGCGAGGAGAUGGAGGAUGAUUUGGUAAUCCGAUCAGACGGUCUGGAUGGAUUCUCGUUCGCCGCUGUUUUUGACGGCCACGGCGGCUGUUCCUCUGUCAAGUUUCUUAGGGAUGAACUUUAUAAGGAGUGUGUUGCGGCUUUAGAAGGAGGAUCAGUUUUGAAAGGAGGCGAUUUCGAGGCCAUUAAGAAGUUAUUGAGGGAGGCAUUCGGAAAUGCUGAUAGAAAAUUGUUGAAUUGGCUUGAAACUUCUGCGGAAGAAGAUGAAUCUGGUUCAACUGCUACUGUUGUGUUCGUUGGAAAUGAUAUGCUGUAUGUUUCACAUGUUGGUGACUCGUCAGUGGUUUUAUCUUGUUCAGGAAAAGCAGAAGUAUUAACCGAGUCUCAUAGACCAUAUGGAAGCAGUAAGGCCUCUCUUCAGGAAAUCAGAAGAGUCAGAGAAGCAGGUGGAUGGAUUGUCAAUGGAAGGAUUUGUGGCGACAUAGCUGUUUCCCGUGCUUUUGGUGACAUUCGGUUCAAAACAAAGAAGAAUGAGAUGCUAAAGAAGGGAGUUGUGGAAGGAAAAUGGUCCGAAAAAUUUAUAUCUCGAAUAAAGUUCAAUGAGGACUUGAUCAUUGCAUAUCCAGAAGUUUUUAAAGUAACUCCUGGGUCAGAUGCAGAAUUCUUGCUGUUGGCAUCAGAUGGGUUAUGGGAUUACAUGAACAGCUCAGAAGCAGUUUCUUUUGUUAGAAACCAACUUCGACAGCAUGGUGAUGUUCAGCUAGCAUGUGAAGCCCUUGGCCGGGCUGCUUUGGACCGACGUUCACAAGAUAAUAUCAGCAUUGUGAUUGCUGAUUUAGGGCAAACAGACUGGCAGAAUUUGCCACUACAGCAACAGAAUUUUGUGUAUGAAUUGGGCCAGGCUUUGGCUACCAUAGGUAUUGUGUCCGUUGGAAUAUGGAUGUCAUCCCUGCUUUCUUUUUGACUUUGUUGGACUCAUCAAUGUAUAUAGACAUGUACACAGAUUUGACACUUUGUUUAUGUUAUAGACAAUGACACUGUACAUUGCUAGCAUAUUAAUGCCAUUGAUUUAGGCAACUUUGAAUAUUCUUGAAAGAGUAAAUUAGUUAAUUUUGU